AUGGAUCUCAGCUACCGAUUCCUAGGCCGCACGGGCGGGGCGCCUGACGACACCGGAGACGCCGGCGCGACACAUUCACACGCGCCAUCCGCCUCGACUGGGUGCUGGGCCGACGCUGUCGGGGAAGGCCAUCGGCUUGCCCGCGCCCAUGGGUAG